AUGGCAGAAUCAGAAUACACCGAUGACGAGACCGAAUAUGGUGGUGCUUCAUACUCACAGAUGGUGAUCAUGGACGCGAUCCUGACGCCAUUCCGCGCGCUGGUGUCGAAGACCGCCUUACGCAUAUAUUUGAACGUGAUCCUGUUCUUGGGCGCUACUCUGCUUCUCCUGGGUGUUUCAGGUAUCGCAUACGCAUUGUUCUACUUCAGAUUUAUUCCUGCAGUGGGAGUGGGCCGUGAAAUCCACCUGCAAUUUGGUGAUGGGAAUCCCUGGGGCAUCGCAUCCUUUGAGUCGGAAUUUGUCUCCUCUCAGCCGUACGAUGUCGCAGUCACGCUCGAUCUACCCUCUACGCCUACAAAUCGCGGCGUGGGUAACUUCAUGAUUGACCUUACUCUCUAUGGUCCUGAACCCUUGUCGGUCCUUCCUACCUCGGGUGAGGCACAGAACCGAAUCAUGCGGUCUCGUCGACCGGCGAUUAUGACGUACAAUUCCGGACUCGUAGACAUUGCGCGAAAGGUGCUUCGUCUGCCGCUUUACGUGUGUGGCUGGCGCCGUGAAGCCGAGGUGUUGGAGGUAUCUAUGAUGGAGAGACUGGAGUUUUCGCGGGGCACUACAAAUCGACCCCAGAGUUUGCGACUUGAGAUCCAGAGUGAUCAGGAAAUGCAGAUCUAUUCGGCGCAUGUCGAAUUUCGUGCCAGAUUAUCCGGGCUUCGGUGGGCUAUGUAUCGCUGGAGAUUGACCUCCUUCGUGAUAUUCGGUACCCUUUUUUGGACCAUCUCGGUAGCUUCGGCUAGCCUGACGUGGUUCAUUUUGACUUGGGUCAUGCAGUCCGAGCUGGUACAAGGCAAGACCAAAAUUAAGGAAGAGAUUGAGCGAACCGAGAGGAUCAAAGAUGAACCCGAGGACCGAAGCUACAUGACUGAGUCCGUCAAGAUCAAAAGGGAAGAUCCAGAGCCCCAGUUGCUCCAAAGCCUUCCUCCCGAGGCUGAUUAUGCGGGCAUAGGGUCUGGACGGGAAAAGGCUGAGGCAUACGGGAUACAGAAACGAAGAAGUCACUAG